AUGAUGUUCACCCCCACCUGCCACCCUAUUCUCGUGUUUGUCUCCGCUGACAGCAACAACAAGCGCCGCUGCCUCAAGUUCCGCGCCGCGCUCAGCCGUUCCAUUCGCAGCCACACCCAGGAGAAGGAGUUCUUUGAGCUUGAGGACGUGCAGGCACUCAUGACCGAGUUGGAAGUGAACAAGGACCUGAUUGGCCCAAUCUCGGAGGAAAUUCUGCGUGACGCUGGCAAGGAUGGACGGAUCCAUGCCCUCGAGCUUGCGUCAUCGCUCAUGGAAAGGGAGGACCGUAUCCUAGGCCUGGGCAAAAUGGACGAGCCUGCCAACCCCAUCGAAAGCCGCUCCGGAAGCCUGGCUGGGCUCUUCAGCCCCGAAUUGGCGGAGGCGCGACGCCGGUUGAAGAAUGCACAGGACACCAUGGCUCAGAUGCAAACAAAGCAUACCGAAGAGGUCAUGGCCCUUCAAGCGAGGAUUGCGGCGCUGGAGAAACAAGACGCUGCCGGCCCGCGUCGCCGCCACGUUGCUCCCCGCCGCACGAGCGUGACCUCUGUUGAAUCUGAUCGCGCCAGUCGCCCAUCACCCGCAGCCUCACAGCCACGCAAAGACGUCGACGCAGACGUCGACAAGCAAUCUGCUGGCCACACAGACCGAAAGCAUCAAGACAGAAAGCGUGUCAACGUCAACAAUGUUGUUGCAAGUGAUGACGCGACACGCCCCUGUUGUCAGCAGGAUGGCGCUGAGCAAACGACAACAGCAGCAACGGCACAGGAAGAGACACAAGAGGAUGCAACAGAUCAGUCUUAUGAUGAGAAUGACCAGUCCAUCGAAGGACAGGUGGACGCCGUCGCCACUCUUCCGCCGAACCUCGUCGCCUCUCUCAAGGACGAUCGCGUCCGUCAGCUCGAGGCACAACUUCAGCUUCUGCGCCGCGCGUUUGAAAUGGAGGCGCUGAGCGAGGACGGUCUGUCUGCAGUACUUCCAUCCGACCUCCAGCAACUCAAGGAGAAGAGCGCCAAACUGCAGGAGCUGCAAGUCACCGUCAAUGCCCUCCAAGCACGAAACCGCUCCCUGGAGCAAGCUCUGGCAAACCAGGACAAAGUGUACCGCGCACACGUGUCUGUGCUGCAGGCAACACAGGAGCCAAACGCGGACAUUGAACCCCUCUUGCGUCAAGUGCACAAGCAGAUUUCACUUCAGCGCCAGCUUGUGGACCAGCUUCUGAGUGAUCUCGAAGCCAGCAAAACGGAGCUCGCAUCACACAUCAGCGACAACACCGAUCUCAUUGUUGAGCGUGAUGAGCUGUACCGGCGACUGCAGAGUGCCGAGUCGCGGCGUCCAAACGCAUCCCGUCUUCAGCGGAGAUACCAGGCGCUUGUUGCAUCAUACGAUCAGAGCCUCACGGACAUCAGCAACCACUACAUCCAGACCCUGAAUACCCUUGCCGAGGCAACGUCGCUGGAACAUGUGCGUUCUGCAACAACGGACAUCAAGUCCACCCUGCAGCAGCAUCUGCAGGAGUUGCGCAACACGCUGGACGAAGAAACCAAGGUGGCACAGCAAUUUGCACGCGCCAUGACCUUGGAUGACGACAACAACGACGACGACGAUGACGACGACGACGAAUACGACGAUGACAACGUGCAACACAACGACAGCAUUGGCUCGGUCACGGCUGAUCAGACGGCCACCCGCACCCACGCGGGUACGAGCACCCAUCACCGUGCGAGUGCCACGAGUAGCGCCAACGCAACAGACGGUGGAAGUCAGCAGCAAACGCUUUCACGCCAAGACACUGUCAACAGCAACAACAACAACAACAACAACAACAACAACAACGCCAGUGCCACAGACCGCACUGGUGGGUCUGCUUCUGCUGGCACCAGCAAGGCCACGCGCAACGUUCGCGGUGCCAUGCGACUGUUGGAUGAGUCUGACGCAAUUCCGGACACGGACGGCGGAUUCAAGGACUCGCUGUCCAUCCACACGCCUUCAUCACGUGCGUCCCAGACACUCAAUGACAGUAUGGACGCCAACUUUUCGCGCAUGUCAUGGGAUAUGACAGGCACGUCGCUGCAUGCCGACGACAUGGCGUGCGAAGCGAACAUCCCCACCACCAUCGAUGAGGAAGCCGAGGGCGGCGCAGUGCAAGCUACCACCAUGCAACUGCGGCAAGGGUAUCCACCUCACACCCACAACCUCAACCACUACACCGGCGGUGGUGAUGGUGAUGGUGACGGUGACGAUGAUGGUGGUGAGCUCGACGACCACAACGAUGUCGGUGGCCUGAACGUGAGCGGACGGUUUGACGGUGACGGUUAUGGGGAUGAAGAGCGGGAGGUGCGCGAUUUCCAGCGCAUUGCUCUGUGGGCACAGCACGUGCAUGACAUGCACACGAACGAGAGCAAGAGCAGCGCUGAUAUUGGUGACAUAGGUGACAACAGCACUGUAGCAGCGGCAACAGCAGAUGCUGUUGGUGAAGUAACACCCGACCAAAGCAGCAGUGCUGGGCAAGACACCGAGCCUGGCCAAGGGAAGAAUGCCUCAUCAUCCAACCUCAGUGCCAGCAGCGAAAUUGUGCUGCCUGCGGGCAAAUCAAGCAGCGGUGUCCGCACCCCACGCAUCAGUGUCACGGAGGAAGCCGCACCAGCUUCACUGCAGGGGAGCAAGGAAGGGACACCCGAGCUCAAGCCAGUCACGGAAGCAAGCGAGACUGACGUUGACGCAGUCACUGCAGGUGCAACAGCUGCAGCAACCACAGCUACUGCUGACACGAAAGCACAGACAUCAACAGCACUCCCCAAUCGCACGUCGAAUGGUUCGAUUGUUGCGCCGCCACCAACGACAGCUGCCGGAAAGCCGCGCCUGUUUGCGUCCACGUCAUCCAAAGAGGCGGGUACAGACACACAGGCGACACACACGCAGCAGCAGCCGUUGAAGACGGUGAGCGAGGACGAAUCAGCCGCACCAGCAACACGUGUUGAGAGCAAGAAACAGCACGAACAGCACGAACAGCACGAGCAGGAACAACAAAAAGAGCAGCAAAAGCAGCAGCAGCAGGAAGCAAAGGAGCAAGAACAGAAGACAGGCAAUGGUGAAUCACAGGUGCUCGCCUCUGCAAUGCAGCAGGCACAAGGCGCGGUGGCACAGGCUGCCAACACUGGAGCCAUGCAGACCACCACAGAUGCACAACAACCUCAAAACCAGCCACAACAACAACAUCAACAGCAUCAGCAACAACACUCUGCGACUGCAGCCGACACGACAAACACUGGGCUGUUGACGCGCGCUCCAAUGUCACCUGGUCCCCGGGCACGCGCGCCCACGUCGCCAUCCAGCCCCUCCACGUGGCGACGGUCCUCCUUCCGGCUCGAAGUCGAUCUGGACAGGUUUGAACGCGACGGGCUCGAAGCUGCAGUGGAGGUGAUUGAAACACCAAGCAGUCCCGUCAAGCAUGGGUUCUUUGGAGGUGCGACCACACCCACGAGCACCACAUCUGACGAAUCCAAGCGCGUUACGCAACGUGAUGUGAAGGCCACGCCCCUUGACAUGUUGCAUCGCCAGCAUCAACUCGAUGACAAUGAUGCCGCUGCCAAGCGCUCGACCGCUGACAGCAUCCAGUUCAGCACCACCGCCUCUGCUCACGGUAACGGCAGUGGCACCGACAACGACACGGGCAAGGUGAGCGGUGGUGGAAUGACAGACACCACAGCAGCAACCUUUGGUGCACAUGUGACCAACGACCAGGCGAAGGACGUCGAACCGGUCGAACGCGUCCUCCAGCAAGCAAAGGCGCGUGUGAACCGGUAUGCGAGCAUGCGCAGCAAGCGGAGUGUGCGAGCGCGCCAGCCAAGUCGCGGCAAGUUCAUGCGCCAGAGCGUGCGGUCUCGCAGCAACACGGUGUCGGCGUCGUCACAGCAGGGCAACCGGCCCCUCUCCUUCUACGACAACAUGCCCGUCAGCGCGUUUGUGGCCAUUGGUGCGACCACCACAGCACACGCGGGGACCAUGACAACAAGCCAGGGCCAGGGUCAAGUCCAGAGUCACGGUCAGGGUGAGCCACGUGCACGUGUGCAGUCCACAAGCAGCGGCACAGGCGGCGCACGCAAGAUUGCAAUUGUGUGAUUGGACGACUGCAGAAGAAGGUGGAGGUGGUGUGUGGUGUGGGAUGUGAGGGGGGCAGGGAGAUGGAUCGAAGGGUUGGAGAAGGGUGGGGUUAAGUUGGCCGUUGUCGUGGUGCUGGUGGUGGUGCUGGUGAUGGUGCUGGUGGCAGGCAGAAAGGAAGGAAAGGCGGGGAUGGCACGUGCACGUUGCUUUCUGUGAGUGAAAUAAGGGAACAUGUGCGCAACGAGUGUCACAGUUGUUGAUUGCGUAGCGGUAGCUCAAGAGUGGUUGCUCGGUCGUGAUUUUUG